AUGGCGCUCCGCACCGGGGCCCCCGCCGCCGCCGGGCCCGCGCCGCCGGCCGCCCAGCCCAGCGUCCCCCGGCAGCCAGCUCCUCCUCGCCCGGACCGCGAGCCCGAGACGGCCGCCGACUUCCUCCGCGAGCUCCGCCCCGCCGGAGGAAUGCGCUGUCGGAGGGGGCGCGGCCACUUCUACCGAGCCACGCCCCACCUGCGCUUCCUUUCGGGCCGAGGUGGCAAGGGGAAAGUUUCCCAGAGUUCCUCCGAGCUGCCUGGGUGCCCGCGGGGCCGCGGCGGCUGCGGGGCGGGGUCGGGGAGGUUGCGGGCUGGCCCCAACCGCGCCGGUGCCGGGGCAGCUGGGGAAGCGGGCGCGCCCCUCCCGGAGCCGUGGGCUCGGCGUAGACGCCCGGGCGCCCCUGGGAAGGCGCCCCUGCACCGCGCUCGCCACCGACCGCCCAGUCCCCUGAGGAGUCGCCUCCCCACGCUGGAGCCCCGGGCGCCCGGGGCAGGGUCACGUGCGGGAAGCGGAAGCCGGGCUCGCUCUGGGCUGCUUCCAGCCGGACCGCCGGGGUCCCUCCCACCCGCUGCCAGCCUGGCCUCGGUGCCGGCCCCGCCCGGCGACCCGCGGCGCCUCUGCAGGCUGGUGCAGGAGGGCCGGCUGCGCGCCCUGCAGGAGGAGCUGCGGGCGGCCGGUGGCUGCCCGGAGAUGGCCGGGGACACCCUGCUGCACUGCGCCGCCCGCCACGGGCGCCGGGACAUCUUGGCCUACCUGGUUGAGGCCUGGGGCGUGGACGUGGAGGCAGCCAACCGAGACUACAAGCGGCCUCUGCACGAGGCCGCCUCCAUGGGCCACCGGGACUGCGUGCGCUACCUGCUGGGCCGAGGGGCGGUUGUCGACUGCCUGAAGAAGGCCGACUGGACUCCUCUGAUGAUGGCCUGCACGAGGAAGAACCUCGAGGUGAUCCAGGACCUCGUGGAACAUGGCGCCAGUCCUCUCUUGAAGAACAAAGAUGGCUGGAACAGUUUCCACAUUGCCAGUCGAGAAGGCGACCCUCUGAUCCUCCAGUAUUUGCUCACUGUUUGCCCAGAUGUCUGGAAGACAGAGAGCAAGAUUAGAAGAACUCCUCUGCACACUGCAGCAAUGCAUGGGCACUUAGAGGCAGUAAAGGUGCUCCUUAAGAGGUGCCAAUAUGAUCCGGACUGCAAAGACAACUGUGGCGUUACCCCCUUUAUGGACGCGAUUCAGUGUGGUCACAUAGACGUAGCCAGGCUGCUCCUUGAAAAACACGAGGUUUGCCUUUCAGCCGAGGACAGGCUAGGCGCCCAGGCCCUGCACAGGGCAGCAGUCACAGGGCAGGAUGAAGCCAUCCGAUUCUUGGUCUCUGAACUUGGUGUUGAUGUAGAUGUGAGAGCAACCUCAACCCACCUCACAGCGCUUCAUUAUGCAGCGAAGAGACACCUAUCAUCGAUGCCCUUGGGUCUGAAGAUGAUCCUGUUGUGUGGAUAUUUCACACGAGCCAGCGGGGCCCUCUCCCUCCUCGGCACACACACAUGGCGGCUUCUUGUUUGCUGCCGGACCUAGAACAAUCCCUGGCACAUGUACGUUUUGAAAGGAUUAUCUGGUGAAUGAAUGGAUGUCAGUAACAAUUUAUGACCCUUGAACAUUCACUAUAUGCUGGACACUGUGGUAAGCACCUUACCUACAUUGUCUCAUUUUUGUCCUCUGACCCUUGCACUCUGCAGCUCUUCUAGUUAUUACUCCAUUUCUCUUAUACACUUCUUCCAAGAAUAAUCUGCUUGAUACUCUCAGCUCAUAGGGUACCACUCCCCGCCUGCAGCCUGGCUUCUCACUGCCACUCUGCAGAGAAUUCAGUCAGGUUGCCAGUGACUUCCUAAUUGCCAGAUCAGGCAGUGUGUUUUUAGCCAUUAUGUUACUGACCUUUCAGUUCACUUACUGAUCAUUCCCACCUUCUUCUGGACUCUUGCCACCUGUGCUGACAUGCUUGUAGGUUUUUCUUUUAUGACUUUUCCUUCUGUCUAUCCUUCAUUUGCUCCUCUGCUAGAGCCUGCCCAAGCUUCUGUCUCCAGCUCACUCUUCCUUAGUCUGUGCUUGCUCCUGAAGCAUUCUCAUCUGUCCUCUGGUUUCACCUUCACCCUAACAUCGGCACUGCUCAGAUCUCUCUCUACACCUGUUUUCCGCUGUCUGCUGUCCAUUUUUGCAUGGGUGUCCUCCAGCUGUCUCACACUGGGUUUAUGCAGAGCCCAGCCUUCCCCGUAGCCCACUUAAACACAGGCUUGUGUUCUUGCCUUAGUUGUGAUACCACAGUUCACCUGCCAUCAAGCUGGAAACUCGGAGGUCACUGGUGACAGCUCCCUCCAUGGGAAGCCCUGUGGAGGCAGUUCUAUAAUCUGUCUGUUCCAGUCUGCCCCUUCUGUGACUCCCUGUUCAGGUUCUCACAUUCUCACCCCAGACCACAAAAGCAGGAGCCUCCUGAUUAUUCGUGUUCCUCAAAUCUAGUCCCCUCGAAUCACAGCUUCCAGAGAGCUCUCGCCAAUUUGACCAAGGGUGUUUACUGCCCACAGAGGCUCAACCUGCCUCCCUUCCAGGGCACGUGCUACAGUUUCAGCAGGGUUUCCGAUGCCUCGACCAAGACCCACUUUCACAAGAGCUGUCAGCUGAUUCCAGAAGUGCACCUGCUCCAGGGCCAGUGUGUGUUAUUAGCUCAAUCAGGGCAAGAAGUCACUGGAAAGAGAUG